AUGGCUACGGGGCCAACAGAGGUCACACAGUCACCUGAAACAGGAGAGACAGUUGAAGAGUGCACAGGAAAGAAAAAAUCCAAAUUUCAGACUUUCAAGAACUUCUUUGCCAAGAAGAAAAGGAAAGAGCCUCCACCUCCCAGGGGGGAGAGUAAUUUAAAACCUAGCCAGUCCAGCAGCGAUGUCAGCAUCUCUGUGCUCGACACUACUGCGCUUCAUUCACCGAAGGAGGCUGGGCCCAAAGGAAGCAUGGGAAACAAAGCCUUGUCCCAUGACAGCGUCUUCAUUUUUGAGUCUGCACCAGGAAAUGUGGCAGGUGACAUGUUGUCUCAGGAAAACAUACCUGGAAGAGUGAAAACUUUGCAGCUUCAAUUGCAGCAGAACAUCAGACUUGGAUCGCCUCCUCUUGUUAUAACUGGAAAGAAACUGGAAGAUGCAGGUGCUGUUUCUGAAGAUGAUGGUUUACCUAGAAGCCCUCCUGAAAUUUCAACCCUUCAUGAUGUUCUGACAGACUCACCAAGCAAGUCCUCCAACCCUGUUCAGCGUCAUAGCUCUUUGAGUUUAGGCGGGACAGACAGUGAAGAUGAACAGAUACCUUCUGGAGCUUCUUCCAGGCCCAUCAGUCCUUCAUCCUCUGCCACUCUGGGGGCCCCCGGCUCACGAGGCAGCAGCUUCCUUCCCGUUGACUUCACCAUCCCUGCCAGUCCCCUCGGCUGCCUGGACACCUCAGCAGCCAGGCACAGGAUUGCCAUAAACCCCCGGAAACAGAAAGGCUUUACGAACAAGAAUCAGCAAACCCCCCAGGUGGAACAGCUGGAAAAUGAAGCAUGUCUUCCUGCAACUCCAGAAAAGAAGGGAAAUUCAACAGAAUUACUUGAGAGUGACGAGCAUAAAAGUGAUUGGGAAGGAUUAUCAGCCCAGGUGGGACACUGUGCAAAGGGAAGUGGUUCUAAGGAGACACCAGGUAUAAAAAGUCCCACUGAUGCUGCCCGUGACUCUUGUGAUUCCACACUUGUGGCAGAAGACUCUUGUGCUUUGCUGCAAGAGGAUGCGUGCCUUCCAGACAUGGACCAUCACUUUAAAGCAGCUGCACCCCUUCUGAGACCUGAGCCUUCUCCAGUGAACCUGGAGGAACACCACAGUGCAACAGUGUCGUACUGUUCAGAUGAGUCUGCUGAUGAAUUGAAAUUACAUCAGCAAAGUACCAAUACUGAAGUAUCUGCACUUCCAAAAUUGCAACAAACUGAAGGAGAAGCUGUUGUGUUUCCAGACGUACUAGCAGCUGACUUGUUUAGCAAUGGUGUGGAAACAGAGGGCAUAGAUAUAUUGGCAGAUGUUGCACAAAGGUUCUCAGUAAAUUCUGUGGACCCAAACAUCAAAGACCAGGAAAAGGGGGAUCCACUGUUUACUGGCAAAGUAGAAGCCUGCUUGGGUACUAUUGAGAAUCAUUCCAACCAUGCUGUCUCAGAUACUGCACCAAGCAUGUCACAGGGUGCAGUAGCCGAUUCAGAGUCAUCUUCUGACAUCAAGACAGUGGCUGUUUUGAAGCCUGAAAACAGUUCAGUAACAAGAAAUGACAAAGAAACUUGUGAAAUAAUGGAAUUUCAGUCAUCCAAAGGCAAUGCAGAAAAAAAACCAGACACUGCUGCAUCUGUCUCGGAAGCACGUUGCAUGCUACCUCCCAGUAAAUUGGAAGUAUGUAUUAAAGCAGAAGCUGUUUCUGUUUCGAAGGGUGACCAAGGCAGUCAAUGGGCCAACACAUCAUACAUUUCUGAAAAAUUUUCCAUUGGAUGUCUUGCCUCUUCAAGUUUGGCUGGCUUGAAGAGUAAUAUCUCUUCUGAUGAUGACAGUAAGGAGUACCAGAUAAGCAGUACAGCUUCUCACAGAAAAACAGUGGAAGACAGUCGAUCUUCAGAUGAAAAUGUAAAAAGUCCACUGAAGACUGCUUCUGCUAAACCAGUCAGAUUUACUAUUGCACCAGCAUGGCAAAGAUCUCUCUCAGGUGGUUCAAAUUCAAAGGAAGAUUCCUAUACCAGAAGUUCCCCAACAUCCCCUAUAAGACCAGAGUUGUUUGAAGGAAUGACAAAAGAAUACACACGUUUUGAUGCAGUCAUCCAGGAAUCAGCAAAAACCAAUGCAGAUAGAUUUGAUCGAGAUUCUAAGGACAGUGAUUUGCAUUUGAAUUCUUCUAUGGAGUGGGCUGACCAUGAAGUACAUAAUGUUGAAAACCCGUUUGGGGUCAGACUAAGGAGAACGUCUUCUUUACUAAAAUACCAGAAUGAAAGCCGUGCUGAGUCUCCAAAGCUGAUCCCCUCAGCUGUUCCCACUGCUGCUUCUGCUUCAGUCAAGGAGGAUCAGAAAUCAGUGGGCACUGGGAAGCCACCUCCAGGCCUUCCUGUCAGCACAAAAUCAUUUGUUAAAAAAACAGAUCUCCUAGAAGACAAAAAUCCUCCCAAGACAAGAUCAGAAGAAGUGGCAAAGAAGCAGAAUGGUCAUAAACCUUCAGAAAAAGUCUCUUCACAUUUGGAAACUGCUUCCUCUGAACCAGCUUGGGUCUCCAUGGCAAAACUAAAACAAAAGGGUUUCCAGGACCACCCUCUUGCCAAAGAACAUAAAGUUGAAGACAAAGCUUUGACCAAAGUGGAUCAAGAGGAGCAAGGGAUCUGUGCUAGUGAGAACAUACUGAAGAAGAAUAUGCCUUCCAGCUUGAGCUCUCAGGACAAGAAAAUGCAAGUGAAGACCAGUGUGCCUGCUGCAGCAGGUAAAGUUGGACCUAUUGCUCAGGAAGCAUCUGUGAUUCCUGCUGUUGAAAAGGAAACAAGACACUCCUCUAACCUGCCAAUGACACCAUGCAGCCCUGCUGAACCACCGUGGCUAUCCCUGGCCAAGAAGAAAGCCAAAGCAUGGAGUGAAAUGCCCCAGAUUGUACAAUAGCAAAUGACAUGAGCAUCCUUCUUCGUAUUGCCAAUAGCUGCGUUAACUCCAUUUAAUCACUUCUUUACUGUGACCAUUUUUUUGAGAAAUAAGAGCCUUAAAACUUUUGAUCAGACUGUUGUAUGUAAAUACACAAUGAAGAAAUGCCAUCACAGGCUUAAUCUGAAGUAUUACUACCUACGUUUCCUACUACCAAAUACUAGGAAAACUUGAUCAAUUUGUUAUAUCCUUACACAUUUGACAGUGAUGUUCUAAGAAGACAUGCUUUAGGCUUUUGAAACAUUCCCCUUGCAAAAUAUGUUUUUAAAGUUUCCACAGACCAUACAGUAUUUUAUGCAAUGUGGCUUUGACUAAGAAAUUAAUGUGUGCUAUAAAAUAGAUAUAAUGCUGGGCACUGACACAUCAUGACUCAUGGGCAUUGAUGUCAUCACACUUCUUUCUCUAAUGCUCUGGGAUGAGCAGUCUGACUUUGCCUCUGAUUGUUAAUGGGUCUGUUUUGUGAUAGCUAUAGGAUCCAAACAGCAUUGUGAGUUGGAGUAAUUCUGGGUUUUGGGUGGUUUGAAGUCGCAAUGCUGUGGGUCUUGUGCUUUGCUCAUUGAUGCCUGCUGGAAUGGCCCAGAGCCACACACCUUCUAUUCUCUCCCAUGCACUAGAAAACCACCACACUCUAGCAUAUACUCUGCUUUUGGUUACACCUUUGGAAAUGUGGGCUAAUUUGGGCAUUCUACCAAAAAAAAAAAGUCCUUACUUUAAUUAUGGCAAAUAGUGAUUUAUUUUUUGUGAGAUUCCUCAGCCAAUUGUCUCUCUUAAAGAGUGUGUUGGGGAUGGGAACUAUUUGCUACUUAGAAAGUGGCAUCUUGUUUUCAACAAAUGCCACUCUACUCUCCAUGUUCAUGUGAAUGUGUAUUUAGUCAGGUGUAUUUAAUAUUAGUGAUAAAAGGGGCAUCUGCUUUCCUCCUUGCCUCAUCAGUCUUUAACCAGUAACUCAGCAUCAGUCUAAGAAUGUGCAGCUGGGAAAGGAUUAUUCUCUCAGGGCCUGGCCUUGCAGUUACUUAACUUGACAGAAGUUUUGCUAUUGACUUUGAAGGAAGCAGACAUUUGAAAAAGAAGCUUUGUAAAAUUAUGUUAGUGGCUUAAGUGGCAGUGGCACUUACCGGUCCUUUUCAGUUUUUGCAGCAUUGCACCUUUAUGUAGUUUUUGUUUACAGUCAGUGCAAAAUUUGAAAGCUGACUUGGCUGAUUGACAGUUUUUAGCUGGAAAGUUGGUAGCUAUUUUUAAGGAAAAUAUUACCUAUUGAUAGGAUUAACUGCAAAAUAAAAAAUUUGGUUUCAGAUCAGCUCAAGCAAGAAUUUAAUCUUCCAGUCUUGGCCUGAAUUUAAUAUGUAGCUCUUGCAGUUUGAAAACAGUAUUAAUUAGGAGCUAGACUGUGAUUUAUUUUUUUUUAUAUAUAGGUGAAAACUUACUCACUCAAGUAGGCUCACUGAAGCUAUACAUACUGUUUAUUUUGUACUAAUGCCAGAAAGAGUAAGAGUUUCACAUUGGCUUGGUGAUCCAUGCCUAUUUUACUACUUGUUUUUCUCUAUUUUAGGAAGCAUAUCUUCUCUUACAAAGAACUGAAACAUUUGUAUUUCUCUGAAACUUUUGAGUGUAAUGUAAAUGAACAUACUCAGCCUUGAUUCCUGAAGUUUUGUACAGCUGCCAUCCCAUCACAAGCUUACUGACCCAGUGUAAAAUACGUGCAUUUCUAUAUUUGGCAAACUCUCUUCUCUUUUUAUUAGUGUGGAUUGUGAUCCUUCACCCAAAGUACUGCAAAUGAUACUAUAAUCUCUCUCUCCCAGUGUUUGCUGUUGAUCUUAAUAUUGUUUCUGUCUUUUAUGUUUGGUAUGUAUAUAUGUCUUUGUAAUCCUUGUCUUGAAGGAACCCCUUUUGUAUUCUGUUCCCAUUAUUUGGUUUACGAUUAAAUGCUGUUGCCAGUGAUGAUGAUAUAAUUCCUGGGAAAAAAAGAGUGAUAGAUGGCCCUCAUCAUUAAGG